AUGAACCCUCGCAACGUCGUUCGCGAGAUCAAAUACGCCACUAUCGGUGCGUCCAUAUCCAGCCCUCGGGUGUUGGACGUCGACCGCGAUAAAUUACGGCGAAUUCUCGGACAUGUGCCGAUGGAAGUAGUUGAGCGUACUCUUACCGCCACUACACAACUAGCGGAGCGCACGGGCGAAAUGCCUUUGCAUCGUCGUUAUAAAACCAAGUUUGAACAACUUCGGUAUCGACGUUUGAAAUGCACACUUUAUAGUGAUACUUUUAAAUCCUCUAUAAAAUCCUCGCGUGGACAUACCCAUACUCAGGGUUUUGUCUGUGGUGACUCUUACUUUAUCUAUCAUUACCUAAUGAAAGCAGAGUCCGCGGCAGACCAGGGUCUCGCCGAAUUCAUCCACAACAUCGGUAUUCCUGCACAAUUGCACACCGAUAACGCGAAAGUGGAAACACUUAGCGAAUGGAAAAAAUUUACUUCCAGUCACUGGAUAAAGACGACGGUCACUGAACCCUACUCUCCGUGGCAAAAUCGUUGCGAACACGAAUUUGGUGCUGCGCGCAUUCACACGCGCCUCGUUCUCGAAACCACCAAGUGUCCCGAACAAUUAUGGGACUACGCCCUUGCCUACGUCAUUUUCGUACGUAACCACACGGCACGAAAAGCGCUGGCCUGGAUCACGCCUAUUACUGCGAUGACUGGCGACACCCAUGAUAUUUCUGAAAUCCUGGUUUUCGAAUUUUUCGAACCAGUUCAGUAUUUUGACAAUCCAUCCAAAGUCGGCCGUUGGUUAGGUAUUGUAACCAAUGUGGGCCAAGCCUUGUGCUACCAUAUUUUGACGGACAAGGGUACUGUAAUCACUCGAUCUACUGUUACACCCCUCCAAAACCUCGAUUCGUCUGCUCUGCAGACUGCCCUCGCUACUUUUGACGCCGCCAUAAGGGAGACUUAUCAGCCUUCUGAUUUCGCCCUCGGCAACAAAAUCAAAGCGCCGGCUUUCCGCCGUGACAAAGCGAUGAAAGUCGCUUGGCGAUCCGACGAUCCCGGCGAUGGCAACACCCGUAACAGACAUGUGUUAUACGAUCUGAACGAAGGGGAUGACCAUAUUCAACUGGAUCCCGGGCUCACGGUUGACGAUUUCUUCGAGAACGACUCACCGGAUCAGGACCCCACCUCCUUAAUAUUGCGCCAGGGCCGAGUUAUCAAGCGCAAUCGCGACGGUACUCCAGUCCCUAACGACGACCCUGGAAAUUUCGUUGUCGAAUUCGACGACGGUACCGAGGAAGUCCACGGUUACCAAGCUCUCCUUGAUGCUGUUUAUAAGCAGGUCGAUGAUGACGGAAAUGAAUGGUACACCUUUGAUGAUAUUGUCGACCAUCAAGGGACGUACGCGUGGAUGGCCAACGGUGAAUUUACCUGGGAGCCCCUCACCUCUUUGAAGGAGAGCAAUCCCUACCCGGUGGCCAAAUAUGCGGCCGACCACAAUCUCUUAUCCGAACAUGCCUUUUCUUAUUGGGCUCCCACCGUGCUGAAAAAGGCCGAUCGAUGGAUCCGUGCUGCCAAGACGCGAAAAAAGAAAAAUCGAUACAAAUACGGAAUAGAAGUCCCUCGCAACGUACCCAACGCUUACGAAUUGGAAGCAGAAACGGCAACCACCUCUGGCGCGAUGCAAUUCGCAAAGAAAUGGAUACACUUGAGAGCAUGA